UAUGACGUCAUAAUGAAAGAGUGAUGACGUGUGCCAUUUUCUGCAAUGGUAGAUUUACAACUUCCUGUGUAAAAAAAAAAAAAUGUAAAGAAAAUAUAAUGUGUUGAAUAUUGGGAUGUUUUUGUUGAGAAAGGCAUUCUGGACCUGUUUGAUUCUCCCACUAGUGUUUCAGUGUGGACAAGCACUGAGGAAAGAAGAUGAAAAAUACUUGAAAAGAGUCUUCUUCAGAGCUCUAAAUGUGCUUUUGCCAAAAGCAAGAGACUUUUUUCGCCGUAACUGUGGGGAUGAAGACGACCCCCUGUGUCCAAGGAAAUGGCUCUUCUCAACAAAUAUACAGCAACGGUUAUUCAGACCAGGGGAGAAAAGAAUCGAAAAGGACAGAUUCUAUCAAAGCUAUCUUUGCUAUAAAUUCAAACAAGUCAAGGUGUGUCCAUUGGAUGGUGCAUGGGGAGCCUGGACAGCCUGGUCCAAGUGUUCUGGGAAGUGUGGUCUGGAGGGAGGACAGAACAGGACCAGAUUAUGCAACAAUCCACUGCCCUUAAGAUUUGGCAAACCCUGUGUUGGUCCCAAUAACAAAAGAAGACAAUGCAUCAGACACUGCAAAAAGAAAGUGAGUAGCAGAAAGGAGGCACAGACCUAUUUGGACUUUAUGAAUAACGGGUUUCCAAAACUGAAACAGGAGUGUGUAUCUGGACACUGCACUUAUGAUGACCUGUCUCACUACCUCGGGGGCAAAGAAAAGGAGAAAUACUGGGCCAGUAUGCAGUGUAUAUAUAAUGAUCGUGAAUGUCUAGUGGAUGGAGGAUGGUCAGCUUGGACAGAGUGGACAACAUGUCAGCCAGUGUGUGGGCUGGGGAACCGCCACAGGGAGAGAUCCUGUAGUAGUCCUACCCCGAAAAAUGGGGGCUAUCAGUGUAUUGGAUCCACCUACCAAAAUCAUCAUUGUUUUGGUACAGAUUGUACCAAAGCAGAUUUAAUUUUUGGACAUUACUUAUCCGACUGGUCUGACUUUUCGCCAUGUUCUGUUUCGUGUGGUAAAUAUGGAAUUCAAAGGAAACGGAGACUAUGUCUGAAGCCAAAUCACUGUGCCCGUCAGUUGGAAAAUGGUAGCAAUGAAAUUCACAUCACCAAGCCAUGUUAUAAUGGAGAAUGUCCAGCAAAAGGAGGUUGGUCUUCUUGGCAGAAAUUGGAUUUCUGCUCCGCCCGCUGUGGUGUCGGCCGAAAGACCAGAAUCCGUUCGUGUAAUUUUCCAUUUCCCACCGGAAGUGCUUAUUGUAUUGGUAACGAAGUGGAGACCAAAAUCUGUAGAGGCCCCUGUGAUGAAUCAUGGGAUAAAGUUGUCAAAGACAUAAAGAAGACAGGACUGCAAAGCAAAAUGGAACCAAGAUCAGAGGACACACCUGCCAAUGGAGACACAUUCAAUGUUCCAUUGAUAAAAAAUCAGGAGGCAAAUUACACUGUGUGGAGCAAGUGGUCACAUUGUACCAAGUCAUGUGAAGGGGGCUUCAGAUGGAGGGAAAGAAAUUGUAAAACAGCAGGACAAUGCUUGGGAGAAAUAUUUCAAAGACAAAUGUGUAACACAGCCAAAUGUCCAGUAAAGGGAGGUUGGAGUGACUGGAUGGAAUGGUCUGUCUGUUCCGUCACAUGUGGACAGGGUGUGAGGACAAGAUACCGGAAAUGUGACAACCCUUACCCACAAGGGGGAGGCACGUGUGCAGAGUCCUCAUCAGAAAAGAGAAAAUGCCACAUGAAACCAUGUUCAAAAAAUUACCUGCGAUUUGGUGAAUGGGGAUCUUGGAGCACUUGUUCUCAACCAUGUGGUCAAAGUGGAACCAGAGUUCGUAUAAGAGGAUGUGUCAUUCUACCAAAAGGAGAAUCUCAUUCAAAAAACAUUUCUAAGAAUUCCGUGUUAAGUGCAGAAUUUUCACCCCCCAUCAAUGUACCUGACAAACAGCCCAAAAAACAAAAUUCAUUUAGAGGUCAACAGAAAGUGACCCUUAAACACAUCCACAAGAAGCAAGGAAAGCACACAGGGGAAUUGUCGUAUGAAGACUUUCUGCGAACUAAAUACGAAGUUGAAAAGUUAGCUAAGCAACAAAGUAAAACGAGGAAAAUUGUAAAGCAGAUUCAUCCUGAACACAUAAAACAAAGAUUUAAUUCUCUGCACUUUGAAAGAUUGUCUCGUCGGGAUGUGAAAACUGGACACUAUCAUAACAAUACUCAUCACAGGAGAAGAGCUCACCACCCAAUGCCAAGCAAACUGAAUCUUCCGAUUGAAGCAAAGGUAUUGAAAAAAUGUUCAGCUCAUGGAACAAAGAUGGUCAGCCGAUGUAACGUGAGAACCUGUCCAGUUGAUGGAAAAUGGUCCAAUUGGGGAAGCUGGACAAAGUGCAGUCAAACAUGUGGACUAGGCAUCCAUUUGCGCGAGAGAACUUGCACGGAUCCAUUUCCUAAUGGUGGGAAAAUUUGUGACGGUUCAGGUACAGAAGCUGCCCACUGUUUUCAACAGCCAUGCGCAGACCUUGAAAAUAAAGGAAUAUAUUUUCAUGGCAAAAGUUUCCUUGCCUACAGAAUGCAGAACAAACCUACCCCAUAUCUACUACUGUCAGUUUUGUUUAAACCUGACAGUGAUUCGGGAGUGAUAGUACACCGGUACAGACAAUGUGGUGCCAAGAGAUGUACCCAUGAAAUGACACUGUCAUUGGACAAAGGCCAGCCCUGGCUGAGAGUCUCAGAUGGGGGCUUUAAAGCAGACAUCAAAUAUCCAAACAAAAUCAAGAAAAAUAUAUGGCACUCUAUUAUGGUCUGCAUUUUCAAAAACCGAGUGUUUAUGAGAAUCGAUGAUGGAAAACACACAAAUGCCAAAGUGAAAUUUGCUGGAGAGUUGAACUUGGAUGCACAGAUGACAUUGGGAUGGAAUAAAUACAGAACUAAAAAGGAAGGUUUUGUUGGUCUGGUUGCAUCUUUGAGGGUGAAUUUCAGGGCUUUAAGUCUAUUCAAAGACUCUACAAAGCCUCAGUAUGGCUCACCAUUCAAGAGAAUUAGUGUUAAAGAAAGGCAAUUAGAACCAACUGUUGCCUACCCAAUAUUCCAUGGAAAUAACUACAUGAAAUUGUCUGUGAUCGGCACAGAAAGAUUCUCUGUACAACUUAUUUUUUCUCCUUUGACGGUGAAUGGUGUUUUGCUGUUCAAUGUCGGAAAUGAAGAAAAUUCCAUGGUUGUAAUAAAACUUAAGAAAGCUGUCUUGAAGUUAUGUUUCAACUGUGGCAAGAAGCUAGUGUGUACAGACCUGUCUGAUAUUCAGCCUGAAUCCUGGUACCAUAUCUCACUUGUAAUCACAAAAAGGACGGCCAAAAUAAGGCUGAAUGCCGGACCUUCCAUCGAACUCAACUCCUACGGCCUUCCAUUUUCGCCAAGCAGAAUUCUGUACAUUGGUGGAGGAGAAAGGAAUGACAGAAGUCAGCUAGACAAGGACGCUAAAACACAUACAGGGUUCAUGGGGUAUAUUUACCAUCUGAGAAUAAAUGGCCAGUUUGUAAAUAUGAAGGGAGCAGCCAUUAUGAACACCUACGGUUUUCUCAAUUCGAUGGGAAUGACAUAUUCAGCAAGUGAUGUCAUCAAGGAAGGUGAAGAGAGUGAUGUAAUGUUAAAAUGUGAUUACACCUACUAUGCCAGGAAAACUGAAGAUGUAGACAUUCUGUGGUUUGAAGUGGACAAAAUUGUCAACUCGGAGAAAUCAAUAAAAAUACAUGAAAAGUUACGAGGCCAGCCUUACACAAGUGGUUUGGAACUGUUUGGUAAGGGACACGAAGGGAUCUAUCUGUGUGCUGUUCAUCAUGCUGGUGUUGUGGUUGUACAACAUGCAUUCAUUGUAGAGGAACCGAUUCCUACAAAAGAAUGGAAUACAGGAAAGGAAGAGGAACUAUCGGUCCGUAUUGUGGCUGUGGCUCUCCCUGUCGUCUUCAUUGUGUGUUUGUUCUUUGUCUGUCGGUAUAGAGCUGAAAUGAUUGGCAGAACCAAGACGUUGAAAUUGAUGAGAAAGUUUUACAAGCUCAGUAAAUGCAAAGAAUCCGCACAGCUUCAUGACACAAAUAGUGAGAGAGGGAAUGUCGACGAGCCAAGCAAAAUUGAAGAUAAUGAAGAAAAUUUAGAUGUACCACAUGAUGAAGAUACAAGCAAUUUGAAUACACCAUGCGAUACCAGCAAUAUCACAACACCACAUGAUGGGGAUAGCAGUUACGACGGAAACCCCCGCGAUGAUGUGGAAGAAAAUGAUAUGUAUGAUAUGAUUGGAGACUUUGAUGAUGAAAUUUAUGAGGAGCCUUAUCAGAAUCAAAGAAAAGCAUUUCCAGAUAAGCAGGUGUAUUUUCAAGGAUUAGAUGAAACUUAUGACAGACAAAGACACAUUGAAGUGAAGGAAGAAGAAAAGCCAGAAGAUAUUGACCAUGCUUUAGAUGCCAUUAUGCAAAUUGCUAAUAAAGGAUCAGUUCACAAUCAGAUGAGAGAGUCAGCAGAGAAACACAGUAGAGAAGAAAUAUUAAAGUCAAGACACACAGUAGAAGAUGAGGAUGGUGUCAUUUUAAGAUCAGACAAUUUUUCAAAGCCAACAUACUUAGAUACUUUAAGGAGCAGGCAAAUGGGAAACAUGCAAGACAAGUCCAUUCAUGCUGUUUUGACAUCAAAUCCUCGUGGAGAUGUCCUAUGUGAAACAGAAGGGACUUCUGUAAAUGGUCUCCGGUCUCAGCUAUUAAGAGAAGAAGAGUAUGCACAUUCUGGUGAAGUGUUUGAUGACGAUUAUCAGGUAGAGACAGAGGGAUCAGUAUUGCAUGACAUUGAUGUGGGACAGCCUGUCAAUACACGAUCACGACAGUGUUCUUUGAGACAUUUAGGGAUUCCUACAAGACAUAUAACAUCAGGUAGUAGAGACUUCUCAAAGAGACUAAGGCAUGACAUUCAAGAUUCAAGCAGCGGUGCUGAAAAAGCAGUGUUACCUAAUGUUGCUUCCAAUUACGGGAGUAAAGAUGGCAUUCUAAUGAUGGAUGAUUUAGACCAUAUGUAUAUAAAUACUCAUCACAUGACUUGCCAAAAUGAACCUCGUUUAUGUACUGAAGAUAAGGUAGAUAGCCCCAAUGUGCAGCAGGAUGAAUCUUUAAUAUUUAAGACGCGCGCAUACAAUGGAAUGUCAAACACCCCAACUACCCAUAAAUAUAGAGAUGAGAAAACACGACUGUCAUUCAUUGCUCCUCAUUCUUACAGUGAUCACUUGAGACGUAAAGUAGUGGAUGAUGUCUCAAACAAAGAGCAAGACUUUGUAGUACCAAAGGCACCACCUCCGCCUGUAGCACCACCAUCACCACCACUGCCAAUAGUAUUACCACCUCCACCAUCACCACCAGGAGCUCAAACUAAUAAGACUAAAUGAAGACAUCCAUCAAUGCUUUAUCUAUAUGCAUUAAAUUGUCUCCGGAGAAUACUUCUACUUUCUAAUUGAAGAUGAAUGUCUGUGAUAUUUUUAUGUCCCCAUAAUUGAAGAUUUGAGGAUAGUUUUUGGUCUGUCUGUCUCUUUGCCCGCAAAGCCAUAACUUUUGAACAGUUCACAUGUGUAUUCCUUCUGACAAGACCUUUCUUUGUGUACUAAUGCGUUUUUGCUUUUGUUCUUGUGACCUUGACAUUGGUGUUUGACCUACUUUUGAAAAACUUUAACCUUGUUUAUUAUGAACUUUGCUAUGAUACAUGUACAUGGGCCUCAGUGUUUCACAAACACAUCUUGUUUUACUUGUGAUGAUCUGUGUAUCAUUAUCAUAAGAUAAAGUCUUAGUACAGCUCCCUGAAAUGGCUUUCAUUUUAUUUUAAGACAAAGUUUACUUUUAUUUUGAUGAAGAAUGUCUGCACAUCUUCAAGGUACACUGUACAUGUUAUUUGUGGACAUAUGGGUAAGUUCAUGUUGGACUUUUCCGACAUUGUCGUAAUUUUGAUGAGACAGUGCACAUAUGUAGAGCAACUUCCUAUGGUUACAUUUAUGUACAUUUGUAUAUAUAUCAAUCUUGUUUAUGGCCUCACUCUCAAUGUCAGACAAUUGUGCAUUUCGGACAUCAAACAACGAAGCUGCACAAUUCAUGUUAAGUUUAUAUAGUUGUAGUUUUGCCAUAUAUCAAAGGAAGUUUGAAAACUACCUAAUUGAAAUCCAAGAUUUCACUUGAAUUUUCGGGUUUUUGAUAGGCCAUAUUAGGCCCUCCUUAUAUAUAAUUUUUAUGCCCCCAUAGUCGGAGAUUCGGGGCAUAUAGGUUUGUGUCUGUCUGUCUGCAACUUUGGCCAUAACUGUUGAAUGCUUAAUGAUUGGUCUUUCAUAUUUCUCAUUUGUAAUCCUUGUGACAAAGACUUUUCAUUUGAACCAGAAUUUCUUUGCUGCCAUAUUAAUUAAUAUUAAUUAAUCAGUGUUUCACAAACACAUCUUUUUAGAUUUAAGAUUCCUCAGAGGAUUAUAUUUAAAAUGUUUUAAAAGUUAUAUUACAAAGAAGGGCAAUUCAUUAUUUUAUAUGGCUAUUGUAUAAUAGAUGGGAAAAAUACGUAUUUGUACAUUACACGGUAUGCGUUUCAUUAAAUUUAUCCUUCAGUAAGUGAUGAAAGAAUUAUUAGGUUACAAAGGAAUAUAUAGAUUCCAGGUGAAAAAGGCUUGUUAUAACAUGCAGUCUUUGUUUUUAAGCUCCAUUAUUACAAUUGUAUUUUAGAA